CAAUGGGGGGCAGUGCCAGGCGGUGGGUACCGGGCACGUGUGCUCCUGCCCCACUGGCUACACGGGCACGGCCUGCGAGACGGAGCUGGGCGGCUGCGCCAGCACCCCCUGCCAGCAUGGAGCCCGCUGCCAGGAGACGCCAGGGCAGAGGGUUGCCUGUAGCUGCCCGCCUGGCCUCAGCGGGCCCUUCUGCGAGGUCUGGCUGGAUCUCUGCUCCCCGAACCCCUGCCCCAGAGGGGCUUCAUGCCUGGGUGGGGCAGGCAGCUACGUGUGCUCCUGCCCGGAGGGGGGCUGCGCAGAGGCCGCCGGCCAGACCCUGCUCUAUGCCCUGCUGCCCCUGGUGCUGUUGCCUCUCCUGGCCGCCCUGCUCUGCGCCCCCCUGGCACUGUGGACCCGCCGGAAAGGCCGGGCGCUGCCCCCGCAAGAGCUGCUGGCCAACAACGCCCCACACCUCAUCCACAAUGCCACCCGGGGGGACCACGCUGCAGCUGGAGGAGCGGCUGGUGUCCAGCCAAGUGAAGCACCGGCACCUGGACCGGAUCCCUGGCUGCCAGCAGGAUGAGACCUGCCCUGCCUGCAGCGCCGGCACGAGGGAGAAGGUGCCAGGGGUCCUAGCGGAGGCAGGAUCCAUAGGGAAGCAACGG